AACAAAAAAACACGGUAAGAACGAACGGAACGAUUCUACUCACCUUCCCAACCUAAUAACUCCGCCGUGUCGUGUGACUCAUCGAGAAGGAACCUAACCUUAUCCAAUGGCUUCUACUUUCGUUACAGUACCUAAACCCUUCUUAUCUCUUCCCAUCAAAACCAAUGCUCCUAGUCUACCUAAUCAGACCUUUCUCGGCUUUCGAAGAAAUUCCCUUCUAAUUAACGCCGUUUCCACCAAAUGGGAACCGGCAAAGGUUGUUCCACAAGCAGACAGGGUCCUUGUCCGUCUUGAAGUGCUUCCUGAGACAUCCUCAGGUGGAGUACUGUUGCCUAAAUCAGCUGUCAAAUUCGAGAGGUACCUAACAGGCGAGGUUGUCUCUGUUGGGUCUGAGGUUGGGGAAGUAGGACCUGGCAAGAAGGUUGUGUUCUCUGAUAUGAGCGCCUAUGAGGUUGAUUUUGGAACAGAUGCUAAGCAUUGCUUUUGCAAAGAAAGCGACUUGUUAGCAGUCGUCCAGUGAUAUUUAGCAUUGAAUUCAAUGGUGGUAUCAUCUACCAAAGAGUUUCAGGUUUUGUUUUUCUUGUAAUAUCAGUGACAGCAUGUGUUCUUUUGUUCCAAUCACUUGUUCCUGACAUUAGAUUCUUCUCACAAGCCAGAAUGUAAGAGCUGUUAUCAGUCAACAAUGUUCCCUCAAAGAGAUUUUUUUUGUAUUUGCAACUUUCUCAUAGGACAGUUAAUAAUACCUUAUGCUCGUA